GUAGAAGACCGAGUGAUGCACCUGUUAGACGACUUUAGGGGUGGGGAGAAGAGUCAGAGAAGAGAGGGAAGGGAAUACCCAAACAGACUUGGAUUAGAGGAAUCAGAACUGAUUUGCAUCUUCUUGGGUUGGAUGAGAGUAUGACUUUGAAGAGAGCAAAGUGGAGGGCGCACAUCCAUGUGAAUGAUUGAUGUCUUGUCUACCUUUCCCCUCUUUUUUCUUUUAUCGUUUAUCUUCCUUAUCUUUUUAUAUCCUUAUGUUAUUUUUAUCUUCUAGCUUUUUUUAUGCUUUUUUAUUUUUUAUCUUUUAUCUUUGUUAUAUUAUUGCGUUAUUGUUAUCUUAUAUUUAUUUAUCUUUAUUUUAUUCAUUUUAUCUUACUUUUUUAUUUCCUUUUCUUGUCCGUCUUCUUUUUUUGGCAUCGAUAUCAUAGAUCUAUUCAUGUUAGACGACCCCAAAUUCUUUUGGAAUUAGGGUUCGGAUGAUGUUGUUGUUGUAGUAUAUUUAUGUUCUUUGUAAAUUACAUGGAGUAGAAGUUUUUUUUUUCAUUUAGGGACUGAACUUGUUUUUUCGUUUUACUCCAAAAAAUUGGUGGGUUUGGAUUUGGGUUGAAUUGUAUAUGGGCGGGCUGCCGUCCUCCCUGAAAAAGCAGAUGAAUGCUAGAAGGGGAAAUAGACGAUUCAGCAGCGUUUUUUCUUCACUUUCAUUUCAGUUCAGAAGACUCUCGUAUGGUAAGCAAUGCAUUGGAUGCUCUACUCUCCCUAAUAUAUUUCGCAAUGUUGAAACCUGAGCUAUUGCAAGCGUCCGCUCUCUGAUUUUAAGAUUUCCUUCAUUCAUAAACAUGAUUAGUUGCUUUCCUGGAUUUAUUCUCAAUCUCUUGUGGCAGCUUUGCGCAUCAAUAACACUUCUUUUCUUUUUACCGCAGGAUUUGUUUAGGAAGGCCCUUCUUCACACGGGACCCCCGGAGGAGUUCGCUCUCCAGACUGUGCAGGAAGCUAUAAAACCUCAGAGGCAAACCAAAUUAGUCCAAGAUGAGAAUCAGCUGCUGGAGAAUAUUCUAAGGUCUCUACUACAAGAAUUAGUUUCUUCUGCUGUUCAGGCAGGGCAGAAAAUAAUGCAGUAUGGGCAGUCAAUUGAUGACGACGAAACUGGUUAUGGUCAAAUUCCACGCCUUCUUGACAUUGUGCUAUAUCUUUGUGAGAAAGAGCAUAUUGAAGGUGGUAUGAUAUUCCAGCUUUUAGAAGAUUUGACAGAAGUGUCCACAAUGAAAAAUUGUGAGGACAUAUUUGGUUACAUCGAAAGUAAACAAGAUGUAUUGGGGAAGCCAGAACUGUUUGCACGAGGAAAACUUGUGAUGUUAAGAACAUGCAAUCAACUUCUUCGCCGGCUGUCAAAGGCUAAUGAUGUUGUGUUCUGUGGAAGAAUAAUCAUGUUUCUUGCUCACUUCUUCCCACUAUCUGAACGCUCCGCGGUUAAUAUAAAGGGAGUAUUCAAUACAUCAAAUGAGACAAAGUACGAGAAAGAAGCUCCCGAAGGUAUUUCAAUAGAUUUCAACUUCUACAAAACCUUUUGGAGUUUACAGGAGUACUUCUGCAAUCCACCAUCUCUAUCUGUUGCCCCCACCAAGUGGCAUAAAUUUACUUCCAGUUUGAUGGUGGUUCUGAGCACAUUCGAGGCUCAGCCUAUAAGUGAUGAAGAAGGCAAUGCAAAUUACCUUGAGGACGAGGCAGCAGCAUUCAACAUUAAAUAUCUUACAAGCAGUAAGCUCAUGGGUCUUGAGUUAAAGGAUCCCAGUUUUCGGCGUCACAUUCUAGUUCAGUGCCUCAUUUUGUUUGAUUAUCUAAAGGCGCCCGGAAAAAGUGAUAAGGAGUUGCCAUCUGAAGCCAUGAAAGAAGAAAUAAAGACAUGUGAAGAGCGAGUGAAGAAGCUGCUUGAAAUUACUCCACCUAAAGGAAAAGAGUUUCUUCAGUCCAUUGAGCAUAUACUAGAGCGUGAAAGGAAUUGGGUUUGGUGGAAACGUGAUGGUUGCCCUCCAUUCGAAAAGCAACAAAUUGAGAAGAAGCUAGGCCAAGGGGGGCAAAAGAAACGUCGGCAACGGUGGAGGCUUGGAAAUAAAGAACUAUCUCAGUUAUGGAAAUGGGCUGAUCAGAAUCCGAAUGCUUUAACUGAUCCUCUACGCGUGCGCACCCCUGACAUCUCAGACUACUGGAAACCCUUGGCCGAAGAUAUGGACGAAUCUGCUGGAAUUGAAGCAGAAUAUCAUCACAAAAAUAAUAGGGUAUACUGCUGGAAAGGUCUCCGAUUUUCUGCAAGGCAAGAUCUGGAAGGAUUUUCUCGAUUCACAGAAUAUGGUAUUGAGGGUGUUGUGCCUAUGGAGCUGUUGCCUCCAGAAGUAAGGUCAAAAUAUCAAGGCAAACCAAAUGACAGGUCUAAGCGUGCCAAGGAGGAAACAAAAACUACAGUCCAACAAGCAGAAGAAAAUCAGGCAACCACACUGGCUGAUGAGGUAGGCGUUGAAGGCAUCAGACCCGACCUUGAAACCACCUCCGCUGCUCCAAUGGACACAUAUACUGCCGGGAACAUUUCCCAAAGUGGAACACCAACUAGGGAUGAAAAUCAGAAGCAAAGUUCUGACACAGAUGGUCAAGCAGGGCAGAUGGAGGCUGAUGCAGAAACACGGAUGCUGAUGGUAGCUGAUCCUGAAACAGUGGGAGGAACCGAAACAGGUGAUGCAGAGGCAGAUUUAGAUACACUUGGCUGAUUAACUAUUAUGAUCAAGAUGAGCACUUGAUAGUAGAGAAGCUAUAUGUAUAUUUAUGGCUGAAUUUACCCCUUCAUGGAACCUCAUUUUCAUUUAAGAGUUUGGAUCGAACAACUCCAUUUAAAGGUCUGCAUUAAGAUACUCCUUGCCCACACAGAUCAGAUUACCACUCCAUUCAAUCAUAAUUUUAUGGGAACUAUGACUGAUAGUGCAAGUUCGGUAAACUUCUUUCGAUUUUGAUAACCAAAAAGUUUUUUCACUGGCUAAAUUUGGAAUAAUUGAGGCG